CCAGAUCAAACAACACUUACAAUCAUGUCUUCAUUCUACGCCGAAGGAACCCCCGACGCAGUGAAAAAUGCCAAGGGCCUUCACCUCAUCACUACCCUCACCCCCAAUGGCAGAAAAGCCCAUAUCUACCUCGAAGAGCUGAAGGAAAUAUAUGGACUCGAGUGGACCACCAGCCUCAUCGACCUCAGUACCCUGGAGCAGAAGAAGCCCUGGUACUUGAAGCUGAAUCCAAACGGCCGUAUUCCUAUCCUCAUAGACAACACCCAAAGCCCGCCCCAUGUAGUCAUGGAAUCUUCCGCAAUCUUAUUCUAUCUCCUUGCAACCGUUGACAAGGACAACAUCUUCGGGUUCACGGAUCCGCUCGAGCACAGCCAGCUUGUCCAAUGGACCAUCUUCUGGCACGCAUCCGGACAGCCCAUUCAGGGACAGUAUAAUUAUUUCCGUCGGAAUGCGAUUGAUGAAAGUCCUCAUGCGGCACAGCGAUUCAAGAAUGAAGUGCUCCGUGUAUAUGGCGUUUUGGAACUCCAUCUCUCAGGAAAGCUCACUAACAGCCCACGGGAGUAUCUCGCUGGGUCGGGAACAGGCAAGUACAGCAUCGUGGAUAUCAACGCAUGGUCUUGGAUCCGCACGUUCAAGUCGAUUGGUUUUGAAGAAGAAGAGUUGGCUGCGUUUCCUCAUUUGGAGGCAUGGGUGACACGUAUAGCUGACCGCCCAGCUGUGCUUCGUGGACUGGGAGAGGCGUAUGAUGAGGAGGUUCAUCCCGAGUUGCUUAUUCGCACAGAGUAAUUAGUCGAGCAAGUAAGCUCUGGUUGGGUUCUUGUCUAUCGGUGACUCGACU